AUGCCUGUCAAAGAAUCCAGCGUAACGAAGCCCGUGGGGAUGGAUGAUACUGAAACCCUCCCCUUCUCCCCCAAACACGCAUCUUUGAAGAAGAGGCCGCCGCCUGCUGGUCAUGGCUUGCGAAUCACCAUCAGGAGCCGGGAUGAGCUGGGAUUAUCGAGAGAGACGGAAGGGCAUGACACUUGGGCCAUUCUCCACACCGUCAGGACUCAGGACUCAGGACUCAGGAUAGACGACGACGACGACGACGACGACGACGUUCAAGUGCCGUCCACCAAUCAGCUCAUUGUGCGGACAUCCAGAGUACCGCGCGACAAGAUGCCAGCCCAGCAUGAACCUGGAAAGCGGAAAGCAGCUGGACUGCAUGCAAGCCAACCGCCUGUCGACAUUGUCCUGAUUCCUCGGCAUUCCCCUCACCACCUGCGACGUUGGGGCCGUACGGCCCGUCCAGGCAGGUCUGGCCAGCUCUUUGCCGACCGACGCUCAUCAGCAAGUUCCAUUCCGCUCAUGUCGGACACGGCAGCUUGCCAUCCAGAACUCCCCCCUUCCCCGGGCGCAACACCCACAUGUCGCUGGUCUCGUUACCACGCUCUGCUCACCGCUUCUUCGGCCUCGACUGCCUUGCCUCCUCCCAUCGCGCCGCAUUGCUCCCUCACACGGCUGGCCGGCACGGUGCAGGAAUAUCGACACCAUGCAGCGGCCGCGUAG